AUGCCAGCAGAUUCUGGUUAUGUUAGUACCGGUUCGAAAAACCGUAAUUCGUUUACUCAAUGGAUUCCACAGCAUUCCUUAUCAAUGAACGAUUCUUUACUUUCCACUCCAUUAUCAAAGCACCUUCACUCUACAACUCGAAGAAUUUUCAUAGGGCCUACUCCUUCAAAUUGGUCUUAUAAAAAAAGUUCGCUUUGGUUUUCAAAAAGUGACCAAGCUACUCAUCACCAUGGUCUUAACAGGCAGAGAACUUUUCGAGCUGAGCCUGAAUUUAGAGGUCCUACUAAUAUUUCCUCACUGGAUUUUUGUGAAAUUCGUGAUGACAAUCAUUCUCCAUCUCAUUUAACUCAUUUAACAGAUAUGCCUUACUUAGUUUCUGAACCUGAAGAGUUGAUUGAUAACGAGGAUAGUCCUUUUUUUGAUGAUGUUGACAUAUUUUAUACACCUAAUGAAGAACCCCGUUCAUACCCCGUCACCCCUCCAUUUCACGUUCGGAAAUUUUUUUCGCGGAGAAUUUCAAUGCCUGAGAGAUCCAUUCACGAAAAUUUAUUUAAUGAACAAUUUAGCUCGAAAAUAAUGAAACGUAUAACCGAAGAAGAAAGCAAAUCACAGAAUAAUUAUGUAAACGAUCAAGAUCAGGAGGACAAUCAUCCAGUUGAACAUGCAGAUUCCGUUAGUUCAGUAUCUAAAUCUACAAAACUACAUCCUGAUACGAUUAUAAAAGAAGAUCGUAUGUUGGUCAGGACGGAGCGCAUUUAUAACCGGGGAACACCAACGCUUUACAAAAAACAUUCUUUAAAAGGUCAUCUUAGUAGAAAACAACAAACUCAAUCAGUGGGUUGGAGAGAAUACAUUGUUAAAUUACGUCCCGGAAUGAUAGAACUGUACAAAAACAAAAAAGUUCGAGUUUCUAAAAUGCGGUUCACCGAAACAACCAGAUUGAGACUUUUAUCAGCGGUUGAUUAUACCAUAGCACUCAGACAACGAUCUGGAAGCGGGAUGAAAGUGAAAGUCUUUGUGAUCAAUCCAAAGACUGUAGAACAAAGUGUCGAAUGGUAUCGUUUACUAUAUGCUACGCUUGGUGAGCCAUCAGUCAAUCCAAUGCCCUCCUUAUUUGAAGUGUACGUACCAGAUUUUGAUGUUCACGUGAGAAUUCCGUUAGAGGGACGUAAUCAAGCUUAUUAUAUCACAGCAGAAGAAGUUACUAAAUUGGUCUUGGAUGAAUUGAGUGGUGAGCCAGAAUGGGAAGAUGUAUUAAUUGAGUGGCUAAAGUCUUGUGAUUUGAGAUUAUGUUGGAAGAGGUAUGAUCGAUUGGAGUGGAUUGUUUGGGAAAAAAAUGAAGAAGGAAAGGCUCGAAAUGAUUUACUGGCUUGUCCACAAUUUAUUGAAGCGACGCAUCAACUCCAAUUACGUCCGACUGAGCAUUAUCCGACUUUUGUCCAUUUGAGUGACGGAACAAUAUUAUAUGAACCUCCCCCGGUUGAGGGAUAUCUUAUUCGGGUCACAAACAACAAAGGCCUUAGGAAACCUAAACGAUUAUAUUUUACUUCUCAUGAUCAUUACCUCUUUUUGUUAAAACCAUUCGCGGCAAGCCCGCCUCCGCCGCCAGUUCCAACCUUAAAUUCGGAUGAAGCGCAACAGCAAACUGUUCAACCAUUGAUAUAUUCAAUUGCACCACAACCACAAGGACAAUGUGGGCAAACCGAUAAUUUCAUGAAAACAGACGCAAAAAGACGUGUUAAACAAAUUAAGAAUGCCGUUGGAUUCAUAAAUUUGAUUGAUGUGAUGGAAGUGAAAUUGGCCGACAAGGAUCAUUUGGGGAUCAUUGAAGUCGAGAAUCACGAGCGUUAUUUUGAUUUAGUUUUAAAUAAUGGCAGGGUCAUCACCUUACAGACGUAUUCAAGACAAACGUUGGAUGAAUGGGUUAAACGAUUGGAUGCACUUAUAAAAUAUUGGAAGGCUCGAAUAAUGUCAGAUAAAGGAGGUCUAUUAUAUCAUAAAACACGAUUUCGUGGCACAUUCCAAAAUUAUCACCAUAUUCUUAUAAAAGGACAUUUAUUAUACUAUAAUUUAUAUAUACGAAGUUCAUUAAGUGGUACAGCAACGCGACAAAAUUUUCAUAAACUUCGCGGAUGCAUUAAUUUAGCGGAUUGUUAUGUGUAUUCUGGAAGUAUCACAGAAAAUGAUUUACUUUAUUCAAAUUCAACAAGAUUUAAUGUAUCUGGAACACAUAAGCUACCAAGAAUAUAUCCAGAUGGUCUGUAUUGUUUUGAUGAUGAUGAAGAGAGUACCUUUGUUAUAUGGCAAGGAGAGCAAACACUUUGUCUUGAUAAGGAUAAAGAGAAAAGUAGAAAUAAAAUAUGCUUAAAAAAGAAAUCAAUGUUGGAUCGUCCUGGAAAAAUUUGGGUUUUUAGAGCUAGAAGUAGGAUUGAAAGAGAGGAGUGGGUUUGGGCUAUUAAUGUGGAAAUCGAAAGAGCUUGGAAGGAAAUAAGGAAAAAAAAUAGUGGUUUAUUUAAGGAGUGA